AUGCCACGCGUCGGCCCAGAACACGAGAACUAUGUCCCGCGCGGACCCUACGUCUGGGGCUUCCCGCUCGGAGACUUGAACUUCCAGGCGUUCAGCUCGAAGAAGAUGUUUGAUCCGAGGUGGCACUUGCGCAAGGAGCGCUUCAUCGCGUACCAAGUCGCCAUGCUCGUCUGCCUCGCCGCCGAAUGCACAGCGACCUACUCACUCGACAAGUACGAAGACCUUCAAAAACACAUCGAAUCCCGCUUCUCCCCCGCCCACCUCUACCAAAACGACCUGAUCGACAUGGAGAUCUCGACGAUCGUCUUAUGCGUCGCCGUCGCCUGCCUCUUCGGAGCCGACUUCUUCUUCCUCCUUCAGUUUCCACGCCGCGUCUACCCCAAGUGGUACCAGACGACGAAGAAGGUGCUUGCGGUGAUCAUUACUCUCGGCAUCUUCGCCUGCGCACUCGGAUCAACCAUCGUCGUCGCCCGCAACUCCGCCAUCCUCGGCCACGUCUCUCCCUCCGUCGCCCGCGUCGCAGUCGAAUACUACUUCCGCCCGCCCCUCAGGUACAAAGACUGGGCCGUCAACAUCGCUUGGGUCGUGUUGCUUUGGAUCGGAUGGGUGGGGUGUGUCGCUGCGACGGUGGUCAUGUUCCUCGCAGCCGACUAUGACGCCGUCCACGGGACCUCUCCACGCGCUAUCCCCCUCCUCCCCACCUCCUCCUCCAGCCCCUCCUCUCAACCUCCCUCCUCCACCUCCCUCCCGCCCAACACCGCCUCGGAGAAGAUCUACCUCCCUGUCCCAGCUCCACACCACGUCUCCCUCCAGCGCGUCCAUGAAGAAGGCGUUGGGCAGGCAGUGCGGAUGGAGAUGGAUCAUGAGACGUUUGAGGGACGUGGGAGGGAGGGGAGCGUCGUGACUCCAACGAGGAGGGCGGAGGCAGAGCAGAGGGUUUGA